AUGUCGGCUACACUUCUUCGCACCUCUACUGCAGCCCGCUCUGCUCUCAGAGCCAGCUCUUCCAAACGAGCUGCCUCAAUGGCAAGCACAAGCUUUGUCCGCGGAAAGGCUACUCUUCCAGAUCUCCCAUACGACUAUGGCGCACUCGAACCGUCGAUCUCCGGUAAAAUCAUGGAGCUUCAUCACAAGAAUCACCACCAAACCUAUGUUAACGGCUUCAACACUGCGAGCGAGCAAAUUGCGGCCGCUGAAUCCAAGGGAGAUAUUGCUGCCACUAUUGCAUUACAACCGUUGAUCAAUUUCCAUGGAGGUGGACAUUUGAACCACAGUUUGUUCUGGGAGAAUUUGGCACCAAGUAAGAAUGGUGGUGGUGGGGAACCUGCAGGCGCUUUAAAGAGUGCAAUUGAAACCAGCUACGGAAACUUCUCAUCUUUCAAGACCAAGUUCAACACGGCGUUGGCAGGUAUUCAAGGUAGUGGAUGGGCAUGGUUAGUCAAGGAUAACGAGACUGGUCAAGUCCAGAUCAGAACAUAUGCAAACCAGGAUCCAGUAGUGGGCAAGUACACUCCAUUGUUGGGUGUUGAUGCUUGGGAACACGCGUACUAUUUGCAAUACCAGAAUAGAAAGGCGGAAUAUUUUGGUGCUAUUUGGGACGUUAUUAACUGGAAGACUGUGGAGAAGAGAUUGAAGUAA